UUACCAGCAGGAGAGAUUCUGUUGUCCUGAAGGGGUUCACAUAAAAAGGCAACUUAAGGAAGAGAAGUCACAGUACUUGACACAACCCAAAGGACGUUUGCUGUUCUUUGGCUGUUCAUCUCCCAACAGAGUCCACUGAUGUUUCUUAGGAUGGGGCUGAUUCCCAAACUCCUGGCUGGACUUGUCCUGUUGACUCUAUGUGUGGAAAAUGGCUCAGGCCAGUACUGGUCCUAUGGCGUGCGUCCUGGAGGAAAGAGAAACAUUGAACCCUUGGUUGAUUCUUUUCAAGAGAUGGCCAAAGAGAUUGAUCAACUGGCAGAACCCCAGCACUUUGAGUGCACCCUCCACCAGCCUCGCUCUCCCCUCAGGGACCUGAAAGGAGCUCUGGAAAGUCUGAUGGAGGAGGAAACAGGGCAGAAAAAAAUUUAAAUCCAUUGGACCAGAAGGAUCAACAUUUAACACUGAAAAUGAAAUUUGUGAACCCUAAAAUAUCUAUAUAUUGUGUGGAUUUUGGAACUUCUCACAUCAAUAUGCACAUAUUUCAAAAUAAAGUUCUGUGUUGUAAAUAAA